AUGUGCAGCUCACGACGCGACGAGCCCUCUGGCUCGACCAAUGUUCAUGGCCGGGAGGUCCUCCCCACCAACGUCAAGCCAGUCCACUAUGAUUUGACUCUAGAGCCAGACUUCAAGACAUUUAAGUUCAGUGGCACGGUAACGAUCGAUCUCCAGGUCAACGAAGACACAGGCUCCAUUUCUCUCAACUCCAACGAAAUCGAAAUCCACACCGCCUCUGUCCACCACAAGGGAGCUGUGAUCGAGUCCAAGGGCAAUGUCGUGAUCAACGAGGAUACCCAGGUGGCUACCGUCCAGCUGAAGGAGGCGCUCUCCGCCGGCAGUGACGCUCAGCUCACCCUCACCUUCACCGGUAUCCUGAACGACAACAUGGCCGGCUUCUACCGGUCCUCCUUCCAGGAAAACGGCAAGACCGAGUACAUUGCGUCAACACAGAUGGAGCCCACGGACUGCCGCCGCGCGUUCCCCUGCUUUGACGAGCCCGCCUUGAAGGCCAAGUUCACAGUCACCUUGGUUGCCGACAAGGACAUGACCUGCCUCAGCAACAUGGAUGUGGCCUCUGAGACUGACGUUCAGGGUGGUGCCAAGAAGGCUGUCAAGUUCAAUACCUCCCCCCUCAUGUCGACCUAUCUGGUUGCUUUCAUCGUGGGCCGUCUCAAGUAUGUGGAGACCCAGAACUUCCGUGUGCCCAUCCGUGUGUAUGCCACGCCCGAUCAAGAUAUCGAGCACGGUCGAUUCUCCCUGGAACUCGCCGCCAGGACCUUGGCUUUCUAUGAGAAGGCGUUCGACAGUGAAUUCCCGCUCCCCAAGAUGGACAUGGUCGCCGUGCCUGAUUUCAGUGCUGGCGCCAUGGAGAACUGGGGUCUGAUCACGUAUCGUAUCGUCGAUUUGUUGCUGGAUGAGAAGACCAGCGGUGCCUCACGCAAGGAGCGUAUUGCCGAGACCGUCCAGCACGAAUUGGCCCACCAAUGGUUCGGUAACUUGGUCACCAUGGACUUCUGGGAUGGUCUUUGGCUGAAUGAGGGCUUCGCCACCUGGAUGUCGUGGUACUCUUGCAAUGAGUUCUACCCUGAGUGGAAGGUGUGGCAGUCAUAUGUCAUUGACAACCUGCAGAGCGCGCUGUCCCUCGACUCGCUCCGCUCUUCUCACCCCAUUGAAGUCCCCGUCAAGCGCGCCGACGAGGUUAACCAGAUCUUCGAUGCCAUUUCCUACUCCAAGGGUUCCUCUGUGUUGCGCAUGAUUUCCAAGUACUUGGGUGAAGAGGUCUUCUUGAACGGUGUUCGCGCAUACAUCAAGAAGCACGCCUUUGGUAACACUCAGACUGGUGAUCUCUGGUCUGCUCUGGCUGACGCCAGUGGCAAGCCCGUCGAGACUGUUAUGGAUAUCUGGACGAAAAACGUCGGUUUCCCCGUCAUUAGCGUGACUGAGAAUCCGGAGUCGUCCUCCAUUCACCUGAAGCAGAACCGCUUCCUGCGUACCGGCGAUGUCCGUCCUGAAGAGGACCAGACUAUCUACCCAUGCAUGCUGGGUCUGCGUACUAAGGAUGGUGUCGACGAGAACACCAUGCUGACCAAGCGGGAGGCUGAAUUCAAGGUGCCCGACUUGGACUUCUUCAAGGUCAACGCGGAUCACUCGGGUAUUUACCGCACCUCAUACACCCCCGAGCGUCUCACCAAGCUGGGUCAGGCUGCCAAGAAGGGACUUUUGACCACCGAGGAUCGGGCUGGUCUCAUCGCCGAUUCCGGCGCUCUGGCUUCCUCCGGUUACCAGAGGACGUCUGGCCUGCUGUCCCUGCUGAAGGGUCUGGACACUGAAACCGAGUUCAUUGUCUGGAACGAGAUGCUGACCCGUAUUGGCUCGGUCCGCAGCUCCUGGAUCUUCGAGGAUCAGGAGACCAAGGACGCCUUGAAGACUUUCCAGCGUGAGCUUGUCUCGGCCAAGGCCCAUGAACUGGGCUGGGAGUUCUCCGAGAACGACGGACACAUCCUGCAACAGCUCAAGGCUCUCUUGUUCGGCUGUGCGGGUACCGCUGGCGAUCCCGUCGUGAUCAAGGCUGCUCAGGAUAUGCUCGCUCGCUUCGCUGCUGGUGAUCACUCUGCCAUUCACCCCAACAUCCGUGGCAAUGUGUUCACCAUUGUUCUCAAGUACGGCGGUGCUAAGGAAUACGAUGUCAUUCUGAAGCGCUUCCGUGAAGCUCCCACCUCUGACGAGAAGACCACCGCUCUGCGCUGCCUCGGUGUCGCAGAGGACCCCGCUCUUGUCCAGCGCACUCUCGGCCUGGCCAUGGGUGAUGAGGUCCGUAGCCAGGACAUCUACAUGCCCCUGGCUGGUCUUCGCAGCCACGUCACUGGUAUUGAGGCCCGCUGGAACUGGAUCAAGGAGAACUGGGACGCCAUCUACAAGCGCCUGCCUCCCUCGCUCGGUAUGCUGGGCUCCGUGGUUCAGAUCUCUGCGUCUUCCUUCAGCACUGAGGCUCAGCUGAAGGAGGUCGAAGACUUCUUCGGCUCCAAGGAUACCAAGGGCUACGACCGUGCUGUUUCCCAGAGUUUGGAUGCUAUCCGGGCCAAGGUUAACUGGCUGGAACGGGACCGUGAGGAUGUCAAGACCUGGUUGAAGAACAACCAAUAUCUCCAGGGCAAGCUAUGA